AUGCAGGACGCUGUUUCCAAGGUGGUCGUGUGUCCGGCACGUACUGUGGACAUGCUGCAUUGGAGACCCUACUCGCAACUGCUGCAGGAUGGCUUUAAAUAUGAUGUGGUGGAGGUUGAAGCCAUGAAGAAAGUACUAGAAAGUCUCAACCUCAAUAUAGUAGAGAUGGCAGAUGAAAACGCAACCUUGGAUGGUGGAGACGUCUUAUUUACAGGCAGAGAAUUUUUUGUGGGUCUUUCCAGGAGGACAAAUCAACGUGGUGCAGAAAUUCUGGCUGACACAUUUAAGGAUUAUGCUGUGUCCACAGUCCCUGUUCAUGAUUCUUUGCAUCUGAAGAGCUUUUGCAGCAUGGCUGGACCAAACUUGAUUGCUAUUGGAUCAAGUGAAGCUGCACAGAAAGCCCUCAAGACCAUGCAACAGAUGAGCGACCACCGCUACGACAAGCUGACGGUGCCUGAUGAUGCCGCGGCAAACUGCAUCUACUUAAACAUUCCUGGCAAAGGCCACGUCCUGCUGCACCGAGCCCCCGAGGAGUACCCGGAGAGCGCGAAGGUAUUUGAAAAGCUGAAGGACCACAUGCUGAUCCCAAUAGCCAACACAGAACUGGAGAAAGUAGAUGGGGCACUCACCUGUUGCUCUGUGCUUAUUAACAAACCUUCAGAAUUAUGA